GGGGAGGCAAUGAGAAUAUAAAAAGUCUGGGUCAGGCAGAAGGGAGAAAGCCAGCAGAGACUGCAGAAGAAAUGGCCAUUUGCCUAAAAGUCAGCUGGAACUGGAGAUUUCAGAUAGCAGUCUUCAGAGCUACCCAACUCCUUUGCUUCAGUGCUGUGAUCUCUGAACUAAUGAAUCAGAAAGUAGCAGCAUGGACCUAUCAUUACAGUGCAAACUCAUACUCAUGGAAUGUUUCCCGGAUGUUCUGCCAGAGGUUCUACACGGAUUUAGUAGCCAUCCAGAAUAAAAAAGAAAUUGCUCAUCUCAAUGAUGUCAUACCCCGCUACCAUUCUUAUUACUGGAUUGGGAUCCGAAAGAUCAAUAAUGUUUGGACCUGGGUGGGAACCAAAAAGAAUCUUACCAAAGAGGCCGAGAACUGGGCUGACAACGAGCCCAACAACAAGCAGAACAACCAGGACUGCGUGGAGAUCUAUAUCAAGGGCACCUUGGAGCCUGGCAAGUGGAACGAUGAGCCCUGUGGGAAAAAAAAGCGAGCGCUGUGCUACACCGUCUCCUGCCAGGAAAUGUCCUGCAGCAAGCAAGGAGAGUGCAUUGAGACUAUCGGGAACUAUACCUGCUCCUGCCACCCUGGCUUCUAUGGACCAGAAUGUGAAUAUGCUAUCCAGUGCCCACCCCUGAAGACUCCUGAACAAGGAAGCAUGAACUGUCUUCACUCUGCAGAAGAAUUCCAGUACCAGUCCAGCUGUCACUUCGGUUGUGAAGAGGGAUUUGCGUUGGUUGGGACAGAGGAGGUGCAAUGCAUGGCCUCAGGGGAGUGGACAGCCCCAGCCCCUGUGUGUAAAGUUGUGCAGUGUCAGCUCCUGGAAGCCCCGAGCAAAGGAACCAUGGACUGUGUUCACCCGCUCGCUACUUUUGCAUUUGGUUCCAGCUGUAAAUUUGAAUGCCAGCCUGGCUACCAAAUGAGGGGCUUGGACACACUCCGCUGCAUUAGCCCUGGCCACUGGACUGCACCCUUGCCAGUUUGUGAAGACAUUGUGUGUGACCCACUGGAGAGUCCUGUCCAUGGAAGCAUGGAUUGCUCCCCAUCUUCAAGAGGAUUUCAAUACAACACCAACUGCAGCUUCCACUGUGCGGAGGGUUUCAUGCUGAGAGGAGCUAAGACAGCUCAGUGUUCUGACUUGGGACAAUGGACAAUGCCAGCCCCCAUCUGUCAAGCUUUGCAGUGCCAAGAUCUUCCGGCUCCCGACAAGGCCCGGAUGAAAUGUUCCCACCCCUUUGGUGCCUUUAACUACCAGUCAGCCUGUAGCUUCACCUGUGAGGAAGGCUUUCUCCUGGUGGGAGCAAGUAUUUUGCGAUGCUUGGCUACUGGGAAUUGGAGUGCUCUGCCUCCAGAAUGCCAAGCCAUUACCUGCGCACCUCUACUAAGCCCUCAGAAUGGAACAAUGACCUGUGUCCAACCUCUUGGAGAUUCCGGCUAUAUAUCCACAUGCCAAUUCAUCUGUGAUGAGGGAUUUUCUUUAUCUGGACCAGAAAGUUUGGAUUGUAUUCCAUCUGGACACUGGACAGGCUCCCCACCAACAUGUGAAGCCAUCAGGUGCCCAACGUUGUCCGCCCCAAAGCAAGGCCACCUGGAUUGUUCUGGUGUUCAUGGGGAAUUCAGUGUUGGCUCCACCUGCCGUUUCUCCUGCAAUAUGGGCUUUACCCUGAAUGGGUCCAAGGUGGUUGAGUGCACAGCUUCUGGAAGAUGGACAGCACCUCCACCAACCUGCAAAGGUGUGAAGUCGGCUCCUACUCUAGAGAUGCGCUGCCCAGCCCUCAUCACCCCUGAACAGGGAACCAUGUCCUGUAGGCAUCAUCUGGGCACCUUUGGCUUGAACACCACUUGCUACUUUGGAUGCAAAACUGGAUUCACUCUUACAGGAGACAGUUCUCUCAGAUGUGGACCUUCAGGACAAUGGACAGCAGUAACUCCAGCAUGCAGAGCUGUCAAAUGCGCGGAGCUGCACGUUAUUAUGCCAAUAGUGAUGAACUGCUCCAACCCCUGGGGAAACUUCAGCUAUGGAUCAACCUGCACCUUUCAUUGUCCAGAGGAUCACAUACUUAAUGGCUCGGCAAGGUCAGCAUGCCAAGAGAAUGGACACUGGUCUACUAUAAUGCCAACCUGCCAAGCAGGGCCACUGACUGUCCAGGAAGCCCUGACUUAUUUUGGUGGAGCAGUGGCUUCUACAACUGGUCUAGUGAUAGGUGGGACACUCCUGGCUUUGCUAAGGAAGCGUUUCAGACAAAAAGAUGAUGGGAAAAGCCCCUUGAAUCCUCAAAGCCACCUAGGAACAUAUGGAGUUUUUACAAAUGCAGCAUUUGACCCAACCCCUUAAGUUUCAGAAACCCUUUCUUCUCUUGGCCAUUUCAUUCAACCUCAUCAGGAUCCUGACUUCAACUAUAGAAGGUUUGCUACAGUUUUCUAUAAAUACCUGUGAAUAAAGGACAUGGAAUUUCUUUUAGUUUAGCUCUGAACCAGAGCUUCUCCACCUCUCCUGUGCCUCCAGCACAAGCAGCAGAAGCCAGGAGCUCCUGCAGUGUUCUGUGGGCUUUGAAAUACCAAUUGGUCAAAGAGGCUGGAGCAUUUGACUCACCAGGAGACCAGACUGUGGGGAAAUGAAAAUACUUCUUUAUUUUUGCACUAGAGGAAGGCAUCUUCUACUUUGGAAGGAGGCAGCGUUUCUGACUUGGAAUUUCUGUAGCAUCUUCUGGGGUCUCCAGUGGUUGCUGUUUACAAGGCCUCUUAGAGACCUCUGCUCCCAAAGCUUCCAGAGAGACCACUGGGUGGCACCAGAGGUUGCAGAAGACCAAGAAGCAAGCCAGGAGGCCACAUGUCACUGUUGACCUUACCCCACAGGUCGCUCUCCACCAAAGGGGCCCAAAGACCAAUAUUCAAAUGCAUAAUUAAAAGAACUUGCCCCAAAAGCUAUGUUCUUCUAUUUGAUGAUUUGUUCAGUAAGGUCUGUGUACAUCACUUUGUUUACCAUUAAUGUAAUGCACGGGUACAGUUACCUAUGUAUAAAGCUCAACUCUUCAAUCAGUCAGCAAAUAUCUACCAUUCACCCACUUCCUCAAAGAGGAAAUCAGAGAAGCAGAAAAAGUCUCUAUCACCUCACUGUUCUACAGGGAAGAACAGAUGUGUUUUACAUUCUUUACACCACACGUUUAAUAAAUAGGUCAUUAAAAGUUACACAGUAGUUAUCUGGCACUGAUGUGAAAAAAAAAAAAUAGCCAAACAAUGUCAUUGGCUUUUCUCUGUGAAAUGUAAUGUAGUGAUUAUGUCAUGUGGACUGAAUGACAUAUAAUUAAAACAAAUAAAGCAAAUAAAAAUGGUGAAACAGUCUAACCACAUACAAAAGAUAACAACAAAAAUUUUGCAAGAAUUUUGGAAAUACCCUUGGAAUUUGGGGACACUGUGCUAAUUUUGCAAGAAUUUUGGAAAUACCCUUGGAAUUUGGGGACACUGCUAAGUUUGCAAGAAGUUCGGAAAUAUCCUUGGAAUUUGGGGACACUGUGCUUUUUAAAAGUUUCUCCGAUGUGCUGUCAAUAGCGUCUUAGACUACUUAUUAGUGCCAAUCACUAGGCGAGGUACUGCAGGACAAUUGUUCUCAAUCCUGGCUCCUAAGCAUUGCCUGCUGGAGCAACUGAUCUCUGCCCUUUCUCCACCCUGGAGAAAGGGCAGUCACUAAUCUGGCUGGUCUCUCUCCUACCUCUUGUCACUAGCCA